AUGGAUAGAGUAUUUACAAAUGUAGAUGCUCUGCUUGAAGAGACACUAAAGAUUGUAUCGAUGGGUGUAAUCUCAAAGGCGGAAUGCAAAGAGAUUAUGAAGCAGAGACAAAACUUUGAGUAUAAACUUGCUAAGAAAGCAACAAAGAAAGAUGAUUUCCUAAAGUAUAUCAGAUAUGAAUUGACUUUAGAUAAGAUGCUACAUCAACGUGCAAGAGAAGAAGGAUUGGAAUAUGACUAUAGAUUAAGAUCACCACUUAGACAUGCAAUGAUAUUGUAUUCAUGUGCUGUUCAUAAAUUCUCAAAGGAUGAAUCUCUAUGGUUGAGCUAUUUGAAUCUAAGAGUUAGUCGUGCAAGUAAAGAUGGUACAACUAAGGUAUUUGCUUUGGCUCUACAAAAUCUACCGAGAUCAGCAACUCUUUGGAAGUUGGCAGCGGCUUUCGAGUUUGAAGUCAAUCAACUCAGCUAUAUCUCUAUCCUGUUGAAUAGAGUAUCCAUUAUCAAAGAAGAGGAAGACGACGAAGAACAGGAAGCAACACAACAAAAGAAAUCAUCGAUCAACAUCGAGAAUCUACCGGCCAUCUCUGACUCUGACAAAGACAGAUUCAUUACAUUCGGUCAGGAGAUGUACAACGCCGCCACUCUAAAGGGAUCAUCUAUUCUUCAAGGAAAGAUUGCAUCCAUUGUUUUCAAUACUGCUAUUCAAAAGAAUAGUAAAGACUUUGAAUUUAGAAAACAAUUCUAUAAGAUUGUUCAAACAUUUAUGGCUAGUGGUAAACAGAAUCCAACUACUAUCAAAGAGGUGGAGAGAAUCGGUAAGAUCUUACAGGCUGAGGUUAUUGGAUCAUUAAAGAGUGACUUCUCUGAGAAGGAUAAGAGAUUGUGGACUCUUUUGGCAAAGGCAGAGCUUGGUGAGAAGACUAACGUAAUCACCAAAGAGAACACUGCAACAUUCAAACCACUCCUACAGACUGCCAAACAAAUUCUCAACAGUGGUGUUGACGCAUUGGCCAAUGACGAUAUCAUCAUUGCCAUCUACAAUCUUAUGAUAAAACAACUUAAACGUAUAACAAUUGAUAAUAUUGAGAUUAUCAAUGAUAUUGAACAAUAUAUUCUAAAAACACUUGAGAAUGGUAUUAAUAACGAUAUACUUGGUGAAGAUGGAUACUAUAUCUAUGUUGACUAUCUUACAAAAUUGGGUAUGAAGAAGAAGGCAUUAGAGUCGACUGUCAAAGCUACCACUAAACAUCCACGUUCCGUCAUCUUGUGGAACCAAAGAAUGAGCUUGUUGAAACGUAGCAACUCACUGGGUGACAACAACAGCAAACUCAUCGAUACAUGCUUUGAGCAAGCAGUAAACAAUCUCUUUAUCAAGAAAGAGAACAAUAACGAAAACGAAACAACAGACAACACAUCCUCCAUCAACUGUCAACAAACAUUCACACUCAACUACAUCGAUCACAAACUUAACAACUCUAAAUUAACAUUUAAACAAAUUAUUGAUUUAUUCAAGUAUUCUUUGGUGGAAUUGAAAGAAGCCUAUCAAUUGUCACUUCAAUUCUUACCGGUGAGCAGAGAUGUUCUCUUGAAGUGCAUCCACUACCAACAAGAGUCAGCUAUGCCCGAUUUGGUUGAGAUUAGAACUUUGUACGAAAGAUACUUCCAAAUUAAAGAGUUUGCAUGCCAAGAUACAAAAUCAUGGUUAGAUUAUCGUCAAUUCGAAUUGGAUUGUGCUAAAAAUAUUACAAACGCUAAUUUGGUCGCAAAUCGUGCGCGUAAAUCGCUAAAGAAUCCUAAUGAUUUCAUUAAAUCAUUACAAAAAGUUCAACAAGCACCAACAACAUCAUCAACAACAUCAUCAAAAUAA